GUUUACGUCACGAAACAAGCAGAACUGAACAGCAUGGAGGAGCUUGUAUGACCUUCUGAUGAUAUUUUCCCGUGGUUAUAGUUGAGUAAAGCUUUGCAGGAUGUCAGUCCAGCACGCAUCAGUCCAUGCCAAAUGGAUCAUCGGCAGAGUCAUCGGGACCAAGAUGCACAAAACGGCCAAAGUGAGAGUUACCAGGCUGGUGCUGGACCCUUACCUACUCAAGUACUACAACAAAAGGAAGACGUACUUUGCCCAUGAUGCAUUGCAACAGUGCACUGUGGGAGAUAUCGUCCUCCUCAAGGCUCUGCCUGAGCCCAGAAGCAAACACGUGAAGCAUGAACUGUCAGAGAUCGUGUAUAAAGUUGGCCGGGUGGUUGACCCACUAACAGGAAAGAGGGUUGCAGGAACUGAAUUUGUGGAGCCUCUAACAGACCUUCCACUUCAAGAGGAGAAAACGCUGUCAGAGAAACUGCAGGAGCUCAACAUCUCUGCUGCCCCCAGUGGAGCCGAUUCCCCGCCAGCACAAACUCCCACUUCAUGACAGAAAACUGUGAUUUCAUGCAGUAAUAUCAGCUUACUUGUCACUCUACAAUGCUUGUGUUUCAAGUGUUAAUGUGGAUUUAUGUUUAUAAACUAAGAAUCUUUGCUGUACAUGUAUGGGUGAAGAGACUAAAUAUCACUUCCUUGUUACCUGCUCAGGUAGUGGACACCUUUCAGAGGAAUUUGCAAAAUAAAACAACCGCGCAAAAAACAAUGUCAUGCAA